UGGGAAGGGCUUCGCAAUCGAUAAGCAGAAGCCCGCGAAGGGGUCAGGCUUUUCAGACGGCGAAAUGUCUGAACAUGUCGCACAUUAUCGCGCGGCCUAAGAAGGUAAAGGGCUGGCGCCUCGAGAUGGCAGCAGAGAGGUGGAACGGGGAAGAAGGUUCUAGGCAAUCCGAUGCCUGGGCAGCGCUUACUCGCCCCGAAUGGCUUUCGUUUGGUGGUGGCGACGAAUGUCUGGGCUUUUUUGUCUACAUUCGGAAGGACAAAACCACCCACGACGCCAUUGGGAGGGGCGGACGCGGACACCAUGCACCGGCGAGGCUUGGUAAGGUGAGGCUGCGCGUGAAUAACGACGCAGAAGGUGGGCGCGUUACGAAGGGCCCCUUUCGGAGUUUUGUCUACCGGCUGGAGCACAAGGGCCGAACAGUAUUGCGCUUUGCUCUGCGGCCGGCGACGAUAGUGAUUUUCCAGAUCUGCCUAGUGAUAUUGAAUAAUUUUCGUUCGGUUUUUAGACUGAAGACUACCAGAAGACAGACCGACGGAAUUGAGUGCACAGUGAGACUGAUUUGAAAAGCGGACGAAUGAUUGUCAAGACUAGGUAGUUUGAAGAAAUAAUCCUAGAAAAAGACUUCUCUGAAGAACGAAUCUUAUAGAAAAAAUCCUGUAUGGCUUACUUUGCUUUUUUAUAAGAAUUGGUUCCAAAAAAUGAUGAUUAGACUGUAACAAGAUGGUGAGC